UGGGUAGCAGCUGUAGUGAUGGAAGCUGCAUCAGCUGAGAUGAGCGAGUUGGUAGUAGGUGUAAUACUUACUGGGGAUAUCAGGAGCUUUAUUUUUUACCAUGUUAAGAGUUUGAGAUGUUUCAGAGACCACUGAGUGGAUUCCUCAAAUGGCAGAUGGACACACAAAUUGAGAAAUCUGGGGAAGGAUUCAGAUUGGAUACAUCCAAAAUGUAGUAGCUACUGUGAAGACAAAGGGCAUUGUGACCUUUGAUGAUGUAGCCGUGUACUUCUCCUGGGAGGAAUGGAGGCUACUUGAUGAGGCUCAGAGACGCCUGUACCACAUUGUGAUGCUGGAAAACUUGGCACUUAUAUCCUCUCUGGGUUGUUGCCCUGAAGUGGAGUGUCAGGAGGAUCCUUUUGGGCAGAGCGUUUCUAUACAAAGAGUGUCACAGUUCCAGACUCCAAAUGCAGAUCUGUCUCCCAAGAAGGCUCACCACUGUGAGAAGUUUGGCUUGAUCUUGAGUAACAUUUUGCGUCUGGCUGAACACCAGGGACUACAUGACAAGCAGAAACUGUACAGGUAUGGUGUGGAUGUCAGUGCAAACGUUCAUCAGAAGCAGCACAUUGGAAACAAACCCUUCAGAAGCCAUGUGGACAGAGCCUUGUUUGUGAAGAACUGCAAAGUAAAUAUAUUAGGGAAGACACUUACCUUUAGGGAGAAUAGGAAAGACUUCUUGGCCAGCUAUACAUUUCUCCAGCAUCAGACUGUUUAUACCAAGGAGGAGUCAAACAGCAGAACUAAGUGUGUGGCAGCUUUUAAGAAAGGAAAGGCUCAACUUUUCUCAACAACAUUCAACAACUGGGGAGAAUGCAUGAAAUCCUUCAGCCACAAACACACACUUGUUCAACACCAGAGAGUCCUCACUAGAGAAAAAUGUUUUCUGUACAGUGGAUAUGGGAAAUCGUUUAGCAAAAAUGGCAGUCUCAUUACACAUCAUAGUUUUCACACUGGAGAAAGAGCUUUUCAGUCUGGGGAAUGUGGGACAUUAUCGAACAAGUCCCACAACACGGAACCCUGGAGAGGAAACACCAGAGAAAGGCCUUAUGAAUGUACGGAGUGUGGGAAAUCUUUUACUCGAAACUCUCACCUCAUUACACAUAGGAGAGUUCACACUGGAGAAAGACCUUAUGGAUGUGAUGAAUGUGGCAAAUUAUUUAGGUACAAGUCCAAUCUCACUGUACACCAGAAAAUUCACAAUAGAGAAAGGCCUUAUAGGUGUGGUGAAUGUGGAAAAUCCUUUCACCAAAAAUUCAGCCUCAUUUUCCACCAGAGAGUUCACACUGGAGAAAGGCCUGAUCACUGCAAUGAAUGUGGACAAUCGUUCAAGCAAAGCUCCAGCAGCAGUUCACAUCAGAAAAUUUACACUGGACAAAGGCCUAUUGAGUGCAACGAAUGUGGGAAAUCCUUUAGUUGCAAAUCAAACCUCAUUAAACACCUCAGAGUUCACACUGGAGAAAAGCCUUACCAGUGUGGGGAAUGUGGAAAAUCCUUUAGCCAAAGUUCAAGUCUUAUUCAACACCAGCGAGUUCACACUGGAAAAAGACCUUAUGAAUGUAGUGAAUGUGGGAAAGCCUUUGCUGCAAACUCCAAUUUUAUUAAACACAGGAGAGUUCACACUAGAGAAAGACCUUAUGUAUGUAAUGAAUGUGGAAAACCAUUUCGUCAAAUCUCUGCCUUCCAUUAUCAUCAGAGAGUUCACAAUGGAGAAAGACCUUAUGAGUGCAAUGAAUGUGAGAAAUCCUUUGUUGCAUACCUCAGCCUCAUUAACCAUAGGAGAAUUCACACUAGAGAAAGGCUUUGUAAGUGAAGCAGAUGUGGGAAAUUCUUGAACUGAAGCUCUUUGUUCCUUCAUCAUCAAUAAUUCACACUGUACCAUGCCUAAUAAGUACAGUGAA